AUGCAGGAGUUGGCUUUAUCCAUUGUUGAUCCUUGGAUGGUGAUAGGGAACUUUAAUGAGAAUCUUUUUCAUCAUGAAAGAAUAAGUAAAAAGGUCACUACUAAACUCUCUAUCAUCUUUCAAGAUUGUCUAUCAUUCUGUCAUUUAGAGGAUUUAAAGUUCUCAGGGUGUUUCUAUACUUGGAACAAUAAACAGAAGGCAGAGGAGAAGGUUUAUUCAAAGAUUGAUCGUGCUCUGGUUAAUUCAAAAUGGACAGAUUAUUUUCCAAACUCAGAAGCUGUUUUUCUUCUGGAAGAACUCUUUGAUCAUAGUCCAGUCCUUGUUCACUUCUAUUUUGGAGUUUACAAUGGAGAAGAAGCCAUUUAG